AUGGAGAAAUCAGCAGCCGCCGCCCAUCCGGCUUCUGCCGCUGGGCCUAAAGUAUCCCAGAUAGCGAACCUAUUCCAACGGAAGCCUGUAGAGCUCACCCAGGAGGUACAAACCCGCGGAGAAGGUGCGAACGCCGGCAGCACCGCCGCAACCCACUCACCAACGGCCACCGUCGUGCGGACGGAAUCACACGCGGCCCGUUUCAACAACGCGCGCGCCCUAUUCGAAAAGCUCGGCGAAGGACGCGUCAAUCGGCCACCACCGUUCAGUAUUAAGAUGUCACAUUCCAGCAGCAAGGAAGACAACCUGUCCGAUAUCGGAUCCGGCCCCGACCGGUCACCAUCGCCAAAGAGAAAGCAACAGCUGCACAACCAGCAACAGCAGCCACCGGUGGCCAUUAGCAACGGCAUCGGGAAGCUCGAUUCAAACCGCAUCCUUAACCAGUCCCGGCUAAAGUCGGAGAAACCCGAAAAGCCCGAGAAACCGGAACGGAAGUUUAACUCCCGCGAGCUGAUCGAGAAGCAGAAGAACUGGACGUCACAUUUCUCGAAGACGCGCACGACGAAGGGUGCUUCCGGUGGCGAUUUUAACCGUUGUGACAUCAUCCGGACGGUUCCGGGAACGGGCAUCAUUGCAGGGGCGGGUUCGAAUGCCAGCUCCGUUCCAGCACCUACAACAAAUGGGAAUUAUUCGGCCCUUUCGAAUGGUGCCGCAAAGGAACCGUCAACGUACGUGUCGGAUCGUAAUGGACUCAACCACGGUGGCCAUGUUGCUCCGGUAAGCACCGGGUAUCAUCGGUUACCUUCUCCCAGCGAACCACCACCGAGUCCACCCAAACGUCAGACACCUCCACCACCACCACCCGAAAAGGGCCCACGAACGAGCGCCAACUUGCGGCAGAAUUCCUUCCCGAGUCCUACGAAAACACCACCAGCGGUUCCACCACACGCCACCGACUUGAGCUCGCUCAGUCCCACAAAGUUGAGCCCGGAAAAGCUAAAACCUCCACCCAGACAGGCGGAACCUCCACCGGUGACGGCACCACCCCACGCCAACCUGCCCCCGGUGGCUCCCGUACGAAGCAGCACUACCGUUCUUACUACGGUACAUCACCACAGUGCUCAUGAACAACAGGUACAAUCGGUGGUUCCACCGGAGAAGGCGAUCCGCAAGAAAUCCCUCGAGGGAAAUCUAGACGAUCGGGUGCCAGUGGCCACCGGAAAUGGAGCCGCUCCAGGAUUCAAGUACCCCGAAUUGGGAGCACUCGCUCGAAGGCAGUCCUCAGAAAAGGACACUGGCUCGGGAGGACUCACCUCGCCAGCUCACGCCAUCAGUUCUUCACCCAGCCCAGGGGCAAGUGCAUCCUCAGGUCCUUCCUCGCCCAUCCACACCGAGGACGAGAAGCAGGAGAACGAAUCGACGGAAAAGCUAGUGAAAGGAGCAAGCACCGAGCGGGAAGAUUCACGAGCGGAAGAUACCCCAUCGGUGGCCGACAGGAGCUCGGUUGAGGAACUAAACGGAAAAUCCUCACGAACAGACGAUGAACAUUCCGGUGAACAGCAGCAUCAGCAGCAGCAUGAUGGCGUUACACGUCGCACGAAGGUAUCGAGCAUUUGCUUCGAUGUACCGGCUGCAGGACUCGGAAAUCGUCCACCGAGCAUCAUCAGCAGCUCGACUACCACGGACGAGGGUGGCUUCAACGAGCCAUCGCCAGAAAUUAAAGCCAAGCUGAAGCCAGCCUACGAGUUCGAUUUGCCGUUGCCGGCGUCUCCACCACGUAAGCUUCCGGUUGGUGAAGAUCGCUCACCGGUUAGCAGCCCGGCGGAAGCCAAACUAACCUAUGCAGAUCUUGGCUACCGGGUCCGACCAGACGGCACCGAGUGUGACGAAAUCUACGGCGAGGUAGACGUGUACCGAAGUGCCAACACGAGCAGCAGUAUUAGCGGAAUGCAGCAACUUCCGGCACCGAUGGUGGCCAACAAUCGAUCUCAGUCCUGUGGCGUUAAUGGCAGCAGUAAUGGAGCGGUUAUGCUGAAUGGCAGAGGUUCAUCUCAGCCCAUGGUUGGCGGCCCAGGAGCGGUUCCAAACGGCCGAACGCCAUCGGUUGAUCGAGUGUUGUACGCGUCCAUCUUGCCAUCCUCGGUUGGGGACAACAGCUCCACAACCACCACGGCCACGGACAGUGAGCUAGCGUUUAUGGACGGUGAACGGGACGAAGCGAAGAUACUGGACUUUGACGAGCUGAGUGAGAUGGGUGAAAAGGGCUACCAUAGCCCUCAGACGCUGCUGGAUCCGACACGACCCACACUGAGCGAGGUGGAGGAUGAUUACAGCACGAAAACGCUGCCUGAUCCACCAUCGCUGGCGUCUAUGCGACCUCCGCCUAUUCCGGAGGGUCCACCGUUGGAUCUGCAGGAUUCGCUGAAGUUCGCAGAUGCUAGCGACAACGAACAGGAUAGCCUGCUUCCGGAUGAGAUGACGGCUGAUGAAGCCGAGCGGCUGCUAAGCUCCAGGAUAUUGGAGAACAGGAUCAGACAAAGGCCACUACUCUCAGAUGAACAGGCACGUGAGGUGGAGCAAAUUCUGCUCAACAAUCAAGCGAAAGCGGAAGAACCGGCACGUGUUGUUGCUAGUCCUCGGCAAACGGUUCGAGAACGGGAAGCGUCCGCAGUUUCAGUUACUAAGCAACACCAGGCGGUCCCAUCAACUCCGAUGGCACCACAAAAACAGACCCCAGGUUCGGUUGCCUCCGCCAUACCGAUGUCCGACGAACCGGAUUGGUUAAAGGACGUGCUGGAGGCUCCGAAAAAUGUCUCCUCUUCCACAGUGGGUUCGAUGCGCGAUAAACCUCCACCACCACCGCCGCCAAGUAGUGCGAGCAGGAACAAUUCCACUACUAGUCAGCCGGAGGAAACGAGCAUCGGCAACAACACGACCUGCGAUCUGCUCAACCAAACCAUCCUUGAUUCGUCGUCCAUUCUUGCCGACUCGUAUGUCGACACUGGCGAUUCGAUUCCAAGCGUUACGACUACCACCUCGGACAGCAUUAAUCUGAGUAAGCUGGAAGAAUCCGCGGGUGAAAAUGGUGGCGCCGGAACCGAAGCUGAAGAAGCAGCUCACGUUGAGGACACGCAGGACGAAGAAAGGGAUACGGCAAGCAGUCGACGCGGAGUCGUCCACCGUCAGCAAGCUCCGAGCGGUGAGGUUGUCAGUGAAGCGGAUGUGUCCGCGGACGACGAGUCGAAUAACUCGGCCGGGUUCUACAUUCCUGAGUAUCCGCCGGUACGCUGCAAGGAAGUGUACGUAAACCCGGACGGGGUGCACUUUUUCGAGGAUGGCAACUUCUGGAUGGAGGUACCCGGGUUGAUCGAAGCCGAACGGGACAUGGACGAUGACGAUCUGCGUGGUUACGUGAAGAAAACGACGAAGGUGAAGUUCAGCUCCAAUCCGAUGCAGGUAUUUUCGACGUUCUCGGUGAACGACUACGAUCGACGGAAUGAGGAUGUCGAUCCGGUGGCUGCUUCGGCGGAGUAUGAGCUGGAGAAACGAGUCGAAAAAAUGGACGUCUUCCCGGUAGAACUGAUGAAGGGACCUGAGGGUUUGGGGUUGAGUAUAAUAGGCAUGGGUGUUGGAGCGGAUGCUGGUUUGGAGAAGCUGGGCAUUUUCGUCAAAACCAUUACUGACAAUGGGGCUGCUGCACGUGACGGAAGAAUACAGGUGAACGAUCAAAUCAUCGAAGUCGACGGUAAAAGUCUAGUCGGUGUUACGCAGGCGUACGCAGCGUCCGUCCUGCGCAACACAUCCGGUCUGGUGCGAUUCCAGAUCGGGCGCGAGCGCGAUCCGGAAAAUUCGGAGGUUGCUCAGCUGAUCCGCCAGAGCUUGCAGGCGGAUCGAGAUAAGGAAGAACGUGUCAAGCGUCAGCUGGAGGAUUACAUACGCCGGAAUGCGGAAAUUUCGGAAGACAGCACGCUUCCGGUGUCAGCCAAUUCGAGUGUUUCGGAGGGCCCAGUCAGUCCGACGACGAAUGCAGCUGAAUCGCUGUUCGAAACUGAGGCCGCACGCAGCAGCGAUGUGGAAUCGUUGCGUCGCAUCCUGCAAGAGAACCUCAAAACCAUUGCACUGCAUGAGGGCGACAUUCUGAACCUGAAGCAACAGCUCAUUAAAUACCAGCAGACGUGCAACGAGGCUGAGUUGUUAAAUGAGCGUGUUAAGCAGACGGAACGGGAGCUGGCCAACAUCAAGAAGGAGGCAAACAAUUACCAGAACAUGCUGCAACAGUCCCAAGCGCAGUAUCUGGUGCUGGAGAAAAAGUACAGCCGCGUGAAGAAAAUACUGCGCGACUAUCAGCACCGAGAAAGGGACAUGAUUCAGUUCCAGGAGUAUUACCUGCAGCAUCUGCAGGAAAAGGACACCGAGUACAAUGCGCUGGUGAAGAAGCUUAAGGAUCGCGUCAUAAGCCUCGAGCAGGAACUGCAAGAGACGCAGCGAAAGGCCGGUUUUCCCGUAAUACUACCGUACGAUAGUGCCAGCUUGAAGCUGACGCCCCAGAUGAGUCGCCGCCAGCCACCAAAGCCCGUCUUCCAGAAGCUAGAGACGGAUCUGUCCGAUACUGAGUUCAGCGAUCUGUCACCGGAUGGUGAGGGAGAGGACGGCAAGACGGCUACAGUCGAACGGAAAGUGCCCCAGGCGAAGGACGACGAUCUAGACGUGGCAGUUCCACAGCACGAGCUGCUAGACAAUUCUCUGAACAAGGGCAAGAGUGACUUGGUGGCUCGAGGUGGUCUGGCCAAGCGCAACCUGCCCGGCAAGCGAAGCCACAGUAACAGCGGCUCGGACUGCGCGCUGGACGAGAGUGAUGAAGAGGGUCAGUUGAGAACAAAUACCGGUACGGGUGGUUCGCACGAGUACAGCGGUCUAUACAGCACGCCACAGAUCGUGAACCGAAAGGUGGCCAAUCUGACAGGAGAAGACUCGGGACCGCCGGUAUACGCGCAGGUCAAUAAGGAUCGCAGCUCAGCCGGAGGCCAUACUGGCGGGCCUGGGGAUCCGGGACAACAGCACACCACCAUACCCAACAUCUAUCGGGCAGCCGUCGGAUCGGACAACGGUAAGCUCAAUUCGAGCUAUGGCUCCGACCUGAACGCGUCCUCGUACGACAGUGAUCUCGGUUCGUCGACGGAUAAACUGAAGGACAGUGGGCUUUCGAGUGACAGCUGGAUGUAUCCGAGCCGCCGACCAAAGGGUCUGAAGGGCAUCACACCGCCGUUGCUGGCGGAACAGCUAAAAGAGCGGCUAGCGGAGCGCCGUGGUUCCGGUGGUGGACUGAUCGAUGACGGAUCGUCUCGAGAUUCGAGUGACGACUAUUCGGAGAUCAACCAGCAGCAACGGCACAUCAGCCCGGCCGUGUCGUUGUCGCAGAACUUGCUGGUGGAAAUCAAGAAGGCCGUCAACGAAGCACAACCGAAAGUGAAAAACAUACUUCCACAAAAUUUAUCUCCUCCAGGCGGUAACGGGCCCUGGCAGCAGCAGCCCCAACAGCAGCAAGGACAAUCCACGAGCGGUGGCACCACGGCAGGAUCGCAAGGACCUCCGUCGCCAUCGAGCGUGUCGAGCGGAUCGACGUCCCCGGGCGCCUACUCACCGAGCCGUACGCUCGACCUGUCCGGAUCUACGUCCAGCUUCUCGAGCGAUCGAAUCCGUGACACGCACCAGUGGAAGAAUGGUCCCGUCGAGGAGUGGUCCAACGAACAGGUGUGCCAAUGGUUACUGGGAAUCGGCCUAGACCAUCACAUACCGGCGUUCAUGCAGCAUUCGGUCGAGGGUGGCGCUCUGUUGCAGCUGGACAAGCCCGAUUUCAAGAUACUAAACGUCGGGGGUGACGACAAGAAGCUACUGAAGCGCCACAUAAAGGAGCUACGGCGACUGAACGAGAAGGAGCGCAAACAGAACGAAAAGGAGCGGCGCGAGCGUGAGAAAAUGUUCAAGAAGGCGGAAAAGAAGGCCGAGAAGGAGCAGAAGAAGCGGUAUCAGAAGUAAAUGGCCGCCACCGUGCUUUAGAGCGUAGGCUGUUCGCGAUAAAGAGGCAUUUAUAAAUAGCGAUCGAGCGAAGAAAGCGACGCAUCUUUCGCCAAUUCAGGCAUGUCCUCAUAGGCUCCACAUAAGCUACAUUUAUGUGAUGGACGAGGAUAACGAAAGACAGCUUUUGAUGGAUGAAAGGGUAAAACUAACAAUUAGCAAUGAGAGAGUGCGCAUGGAGCGUACAGUUGUUGAGUUACAAAGAACGCAAUAGCAAGGCAUAGAAGGUUAAGUUUUAUUGAAGUAAAGUGUUACUUUUUCUUUUGUUUUUCUUUUUUUGUUUUACUUUUUCGCUGACCUUGAAAGCGACUUUACGAUCAGGAAAGCUCGGCAAGUGAAUAUAAAACUUGCAGCAUUUCCUUGCCCGUGUAACACAAGCGAAUGUGUUAGAGAUUACUUUGCAAUGCGAUAUUGGCAUUUUUCCACAUUUUAGUUUAUUUCGCUUGCGUUUAAGGUGUGUGCAUUUUUGAUAGAUUUAUUGUUUAGGAUGGCGGUUGUAAUUACGAUUUGCUUUUGCUUUCGUGUGUGUGUAUGUGUGUUUGUUGGCUAUAAUUUAUUUAUUUAAAUUGAGAGUACACAGUCUGGAAUGCAUGUGAGAGCGAAAGUGCAUCUCCCGAUCACGAAGAAACCUUGCACUGUGCAACGACUCGCAUGCCCAGCAAUGGCGCUUAUAAAUGAACAAAGCAAACAGAGGUAGCUAUGAUCAAAUAAAAAUUAUGAUUUAGUGUAAGCGCAAUCGCGAACCGACCCGGCCUAACGGUGGCGCCCGUUUAGAUGCAAGGGCCAAAAGAAGUGGUACCAGUCCACUGACUAACCUUCUCGGUCAACUCGCGAGGCGAAAGUGGCACUGUACGUAGCAGCAAGGGCGUAUUACAAAUGAUAAUUUAUUGAGUAGAAAGACACGUACGAAGACGAUGGACCGUACAGCAAGGUAUAUGAUGUAAUCGUUAUCGAUAGAGGAACCCUCCCCACAAUAUAAACGAGAGCACACGCACGCGAGGUGUGUGCAUGUGUCAUAAGGGCUAAAAAGGGCGUGGGGUAGCACACGGCGCGAAUGGUUGACCGCGGCCAUCGGACGUUGUGAUGCCCCGCGAUAAAAAACCAAACCGUUCACUACCAUUACUAUCACUUCCUUUUCCCACCCGCGGGGAAAUGCACCUUUAUAUCGUUGUAGCGAAAAUUAGCAUAGGCGGAAAUUUGAGCAAAAACCAAUUGUAGUGAAACUUAUUUUUAAACGCAUUGUAAGUAUCGGGAAGACGUUCAAGCGUAGAUUAAAAUAUUCAUGGAUUUACGAGGCGAGGCGAAGAAGUAGCGCCAAGAGCAGCUGGGAGGAUAUACAACAAUAAAUCUGA